AUGACUGCCACGUGGGACAAGUGGGGGGUUAGGAUCCCCCUGACUGUGCUCUGGAUAGACGACAACCAAGUCGUGCAGGUGAAAACAAGGGAAAAAGAAGGCUACACUUCCCUCCAGAUCGGGUCCGGGCAGAAAAAACCAAAGCAGCUGACCAAGCCAGAACUGGGGCAUUUUCGGGCAGCAGGGGUGCCUCUGAAGCGAAAACUAGUGGAGUUCCGCGUGUCAGAGGAUUGUAUUCUGCCCGUGGGCACGCCCAUAGACGUGCGGCAUUUCGUUCCCGGGCAGUUUAUUGACGUCACAGGGACCACCGUGGGAAAAGGAUUUCAGGGUCCCAUGAAGCGGUGGGGGUUCAAGGGCAUGCCAGCAUCGCACGGAGCAUCACUCUCGCAUCGAAGCCACGGGUCUACUGGCGGCCGGCAGGACCCUGGCAAGGUGUUCAAGAACAAGAAGAUGGCAGGGCAGAUGGGCAACAAGCAGCGCACGGUGCAGAGCGUGUGGGUGUAUAAGGUGGAACCGGCCAGAGGGCUGCUGUGGGUGAAGGGGCAGGUUCCCGGGCACAGUGGCAAUUUUGUGUUUGUGAAGGACGCAGUGAGGAAGCACGAGGUGCAGGGACCAGACGCUCAAGAGUAUGGCGGCCUGCAGUUGCCCUUCCCCACCUUCUACCCCCCGGCUGGGGAGGACUUGUCAUCUUUGCCCCCGCUCCUGGCCGAUGCUGGGGAAAACUGCUCUUGUUCCCCAGCCAACAUGACGAUCAAGGCUGUUGUGGUCCUUACCGGCUCUGAGGGUGUCAACGGCACCGUCACCUUUGAGCAGCUCGAAUCUGGCUCGACUGUGGUGAACGGCAAGAUCACUGGCCUCAAGCCAGGGCUUCACGGGUUUCACGUGCACGCGCUGGGUGACACCACCAACGGCUGCAUGUCCACAGGCCCGCACUUUAAUCCGGCAAACAAGACUCACGGAGCCCCGGAAGACGAGGAGAGGCAUGCGGGAGACCUUGGGAAUGUCGUUGCUGAUGAGAGUGGUGUUGCGGAGUUCACCAUAACAGAUUCUCAGAUCCCUCUGUCUGGCCCGAACUCCAUCAUUGGCCGCGCUGUUGUAGUGCAUGCCGACACAGACGACCUUGGCAAGGGUGGCCACGAGCUCAGCAAAACCACUGGAAACGCUGGAGGAAGGCUUGCAUGCGGCCCCACACAAGUGAGUGCCUCCGUGGCAGGGCUGGCACCUGGCCUGCACGGCUUCCACGUGCACAAGCUGGGGGACCUUUCAAACGGCUGCAUGUCCACUGGCCCGCACUUCAAUCCGGCGGGCAAGACCCACGGAGCACCAGGGGAUAAUGAGAGGCACGCAGGGGACCUUGGAAACCUGGUGGCAAAUGAGUCUGGCGUGGCAACUGUGUCUCUGACUGACCUCCAGAUCCCUCUCUCGGGCCCCAACUCUGUCCUUGGUCGUGCUGUUGUUGUGCACGCUGAUGCGGACGACCUGGGCAAGGGUGGUGUUGAGCUGAGCAAAGCCACGGGCAAUGCUGGUGGCAGGGUGGCAUGUGGUGUGAUUGGAUUGUCCGCAAAUUAG